CACAAUUAAAAUGAAGUUCACAUAUUGCAUUGUGCUGUUUACUUUUUUGGCUGUUCUGAUAGCAGUCGAUGCUGCCGAAUUUGAAAUUGUGAAUAAAGAAAUAGGUGCCAUAUGGGUGGGAAUUCAAGGAAACGCUAACAAAGCACACUUGGAAAAUGGAGGUUUUGUACUUGAAGCAGGAGCCAGGAGAACUAUUGGAGCACCAGAUGAUUGGGCAGGUCGAUUCUGGGCUAGAACUUGGUGCGAUUGGAACUCAAAACAUUGCUUAACUGGAGACUGUGGUAACAAAUUAGAAUGCCGUGGUGCUGGAGGAGUUCCACCUGUAUCUCUUGCUGAAAUAACUUUGAGAGGAUGGGGAGGUUUAGAUUACUACGAUAUUUCAUUUGUAGAUGGAUUUAAUUUAGCCCUUUUCAUUGAACCAGUCAAUGGACACGGUGAUGGAGGAAGGUACAGUUGCAAACGUUCUGCUUGCUUGAGGCAUUUGAACGAUGAGUGUCCCAAUGAUUUAAGACAGAACACACAACAUGGUACUAUAGCUUGUCAUUCAGCCUGUAAUAAAUUCAAUACUGAUCAAUACUGCUGCAGAAACGCACAUAAUCGACCAGAAACAUGCAAAAGCAGUGACUGGCACGUCAAUUAUCCUAAAUUCUUUAAAGAUAGGUGUCCCGAUGCUUACAGUUAUGCAUAUGAUGACCAUAAGAGUACGUUUACGUGUAAAGCAUCUAAAUAUAUUGUUCAAUUUGGAAUAUAAUUUUUAAUGUGUUGUUUAUUAUCAAAAUUAAAAUUUUAGACUGAAUGUAUGUAGGUACUUAGGCAAAAAGCCGGCGAUUUUUGGAAUAAUGUACAAUUUUAUUUUAAAUUAAAUGAUUUUAUUGGUAUAACUGUAAUCUUUGUUAAAUGAAAAUAUAUUAAUGUCUAACUUUU